AUGUACCUCGCAUUCGGCCUGUCAUUCCUGGCCUCCAUCUUCCUGGCCAUCUACCUCUCCGAGAUCACCACCCUCGAUGCCCUAAUCUCCCUCUUCCCCGUCGCCAAACCCGCCCCUCUGCUGCCCACCACCUCCGUCCCCGCCUUCUGGAACACCUAUGGCUACCUCUUCAACAUCACCGUGGGCACGCCCCCGCAGAACCUGACCGUCCUGAGCGACUGGGCCUGGAUGUCGCUCUUCGCGCGCAGCAGCCGAUGCGUCGACACCGUGGACCCAGCCCUCUGCGUCGCCCCGGGCCAAUCCUACUACGACGAGAGGCUCUCGUCGACCUUCAGCCCUUCCGCCCUCCCCCAGCUGCAAUGGCCCACCAACCUCUUCUGCCCGCUCUUCACCGUCGACUACAUCUCCGACACCGUGUGCAUCAACGACCUCUGCACCGAGCCGACCACCACCUUCCAAGCCUCGCACUUCCCCUUCACGGGCGAAUGGGUCCCCGUGCAGCCGUUCGGGGGCAUCUUCGGGAUGGCGCCCGUCCUGCCCGAGCUGAACGAGACCUUCCACCCGGUCUUCCACCAGGCGUGGCAAUCCGGCAAAACCAACCCGCAGAUCGGGUGGAACGCAUGCAAGGACCUCUCGUCCACGGAGCCGUGUCUAGGCGGAGACUCGAAAUUUGUCUUCGGCGGCUCCGACCCCUCGCUCUACCACACCACCAACCUAACCUGGUACAAGACCAUCACGCCCCCCUGGCUGGGCGGCGAAAUGUACGCGCCGAUAUCGCCUCAGAUCUACAACUUCUGGUCCACGCGGUGGACGGGCGGAUGGAUCGUCUCGCCGCCGCCCUCCGCGGACCCAGAAUCACAAACCGAGCCCGAAACCGAGACCGAAACCUGGUCCCCCAACUACGCGAUCCGCUUCCCCCCCUCAGCCCUAAUCCGCAACGCCGGCCCAGAAGAAUGGCAACAACGCAACCCGCACGCCAUCCCCGAAUCCGACGGGCUGAUCACGCCCCUCGCCGUGCUGGACGACAACUCCGAGGGCCUGGGCGUCCCCGUCUCCGCCAACGCCUACAACGACUUCAUCCGCCUGGUGGACGCCCGCAAAGCCUCCCCGGAGUCCGUCGCCGCCCUCGCCGCCCAAAUGACCUCCAGCCCCACCGGCGCGCACGCCCAGGACUGGUAUCUGGUGGACUGCGACGCCGCCGAGACCCUCCCCUCCCUGGUGUAUGAGCUGGAUCAUCGCGUGAAUUAUACGGUCCGGCCCGAGGCCUUCGUGCAGGAGAUCUAUGCCACCGGGGAGUGUUAUCUGAAUUUGAAUGUGUGGACGCAUAGUCGUACCGAGAGUGGCGAUGCCACGCUACUUUCGCUGGGAUUGGGCUUCCUGAAGAGCUUGUAUGUCAUUUUGGACUUUGAGACGUUGGAGUUUGGGUUGGCGCCGUUGAGGUUGGAUGUUUAG